GGGGCACAUCUCCAACCCAACGACAACGAUGCCAGACGCAAAUUUUCAAACACCUACAUGAAAAUAGGCUUUCUACAACCGUGUAUAUGCAAUGGUCAAAGCCCUCAUCUUCGGCACCGGCGGAGUCGGCAGUGUCUACGGCUGGAUCCUUGACAGAGCCGGCGCCGAAGUGACUGUGGUCUGCCGGACAAACUACACAGCUGUCAAAGAGCAUGGCAUCACGAUCCGGUCUGACAUCUUCGGGAAGGUCCACUACAAGCCCAUUACAGUGAAUUCGGUGUCGACAGCCACAGGGCCCUUCGAUUUCAUCCUGGUCUGCAGCAAGGCCUUUCCGGGGACAUCGGCCCUGAUAAAGGACGCUGUCUCGGGCAAGACAGCCAUCGUCCUCGCCCAGAACGGCAUCGGCAUCGAGCAGGAGUAUGCCGACCGGUUCCCCAGCACGCCCAUCAUCUCCGGCGCCGUCUACGUGCCUGUCAAGGAGGUCACACCCGGGGUCGUCGAGAUGGGGCCCCUUGAGCUUCUCGAGAUCGGCACGUACCCGGCUGAGGCGCCGGCGGAAGUGAAAGCGAAAGUGAAGCUCCUGCAGGACCUGUGGGCGGCGGGCGGAGCCACGUGCAAGGUUUUUGAAGACGUGCAGGCCCGGCGGUGGAUUAAGGUAGCCCUCAAUAUGGCGUGGAAUCCCAUCUCCGCCUUGAGUCUCUGCGACGAUGCCAACUUUGUCCGCUCGUCGCCCGAGGCAAUGGAUACGAUCAGAAGGGUCAUGCUCGAGGUCGCGCAGGUUGCGGCUGCGGCGGGGUAUCCCGGGUUGGUGGAGCCGGCGAUUGAGGAUCAGCUCAGCCGUACGAAAGAGAGGUUGGAGUCCCGCGGGAAGGACCCUAGUAUGUUGACGGAUGUCAGGAACGGCCGGCCGAUUGAGGUGGAGGCUAUCGUCGGAAACACGGUAGCUAUUGCUCGGAGGUUGGGCGUGGAUGUGCCAUCGCUGGAGAUGUUGCUGUCUCUGGCAAGAGGCUUGAAUUUUGCCAUCACUCGACCGGAGGGAUGGAAACCUGUUGCUACCGUGGAUUAAAGAGAUUAAAGAGGUGAAAUAUUGCGGGGAGACUUUGGCGGAAACGUCAAGUGGUGAUAAUAGGCAUGGAAGUCUAACAUUAAAUGACCGAUGAUAAACAGAGAAGUUAGAUGACUAUUGUAGACUCGAGCGAGAAUCAACUCAACCC